UACUGUUAUCAAUAUCAUUGCCAUGACUAUUGUAAUGAUAAUCCUCAUUCUAAUAAUCCUGCUAUUCCUGAUUCGGGUUAUGCUAUUCAAAACAGGAUUAAUCCACAGCACAAAGAAAUUGCAACAAACGUUACAAGAAAUUUUCUACGUUCAUCAGUACCUUAAAGUUCCCGAACUCAACGAAAGCAUGCAACCGAACCCUCUUUACAGAAAAGUCUUUCUCUAUUUGCAUUCUCUUCCUUCAAUUGAAGAUUCUGAUUUCACGAACCUCGUUACCGGAACCAACCAAAACGACAUCGUUUUAUGCCUCGACGCAAAUCAACUCAUAGAGGAUCAUUUUCUUGGUGCAACUCUCUACUGGUUCAACCAGAAAACCGAACCGAACCGGAAAAAUGAGAACCGGACCGGUUCGUUUUUGCUCAAGAUCAGAAAAAACGAUAAGAGGAGAAUUCUCGGGGCUUAUCUCCGCCACAUCCACGACGUCGCCGGCGACAUGGAGAGCAACGGGAAACGCGAAUUGAGGCUUUUCGUGAACGCCGGAGACGGCGACGGAGGAGUUAGGUGGAGAUCGGUUCCGUUCACGCAUCCUUCGACGUUUGAAACGAUCGCGAUGGGGGAAGAUCUGAGGAGCAAGGUGAAAUCAGAUCUGGAAUUGUUCCUCCGCGGGAAAAAGUACUACCGGAAGCUCGGCCGAGCUUGGAGGCGGAGCUUCUUGCUGUACGGUCCCUCCGGCACCGGAAAAUCGAGCUUCGUCGCUGCUAUGGCGAAUUUCCUUGGAUACGACGUUUACGACGUCGAUCUCGAGAAUGUUCGCGGUGGCGAUUCAGAUCUGAAGCUCCUCCUCCUCGAGACGACGCCGAAAUCGAUAGUCGUCGUGGAAGAUCUCGACAAGUUUGUUGUCGCCGCGACGACGGAAUCAUCGUUGCCGGCGGCGAGCGCCACGGGGAUACAGAUGCUGAAUAUAAUGGACGGGAUUCUUAGCGCGUGUUGUGGAGAAGAGCGCGUGAUGGUGUUCACGAUGAACAGUAAGGAUGGGGUCGACCCGGAUCUGCUUCGUCCGGGUCGGGUCGACGUUCACAUUCAUUUUCCCACGUGCGAUUUCUCAUCGUUCAAGGAACUCGCGAGUAGCCACUUAGGUGUCAAGGAGCACAAACUGUUCCCGCGCGUGGAGGAGAUUUUGGCGCGUGGGGUGAGUCUUAGCCCGGCCGAAGUCGGCGAGUUAAUGAUCGCAAACCGUGGGUCACCGAGUCGGGCCAUAAAAUCAGUAAUCGGAGCGCUAAGGCCGGAUGGCGGCGAUGGGAUCGGACGGCGGGAAAGCGCCGAUGAUGACUGUGAUGACGUGGACGGCGGAGAUGGGUGCAAUGCUGUUAAGGAUUUUCGAAAAUUGUAUGGUUUGUUCAAAUUAAGAAAUGGGAAAAGAUCUCGACCGUCAAAUAAUACAUUGGUCCAUGAUUAGAUGAUAGAUCAUACAUCAUGCAUGUACAAAUAUUUUUUUGCCGUAAGCAUAGGUAAAAUAUACCUAGUUGCAUUGGCAUGGUCAUUGGUGAAAAUUUUAUGUAUGGAUUGAGUUAUAUAAAGUUUUCAUGUAAGUUUAGGUCAUAGGGAAUUAUUUGUUUUAUACAUACAUACAUAUACAAUUAUUUGAUUGGAAAGUGAAUUGUUCAUAGAAUCAUGGUUAAGUUGGAUCUUGUUAGUGGUUUCGGGCAUAUUGGGAUGGCUGUACAGUGGGAAAGAAUGUAAAUGGAUUUGGGAUAGGAGAAGAAUAUGCUAUAUGCUAUGAGGAAUUAUACAACCAUAUGAAUGGCUUUGCUUUACUUGUAUCAUUUUAGAUGAAAAGUG